UUCUUCUCCACCUCCACCAGUGCCACCUCCACCUUCACCACCUCCACCAGCACCAACAGGAACAGCAGCAGCAGGAGCAACAGCAGCAGCAGCAUCACCACCAUUCGCCUGCCUCCCCCUUCCAUAGGACGUCCCGUCGCACUAAUAAUUCGUGAGUACGUUGCGGUGAUGUUGAGCAUUCCACCUGCCAACAGCAACCGGGCACAUCCCCCCACCUGGUGGAUACCGGCAGGAAAAGUGGCCGCACGCCUUGCAAUCCCAGCAUUUCUGUGUUGGUUGUGGCCGUGAACGGGGCUCAAGUCCAAGGGCACGCGAGAAAGAAAGAAAGAAAGAGAAGGACGGAAAGAACGAAAGAACGAAACAGAGAACGAGAGAGAGAGAGAGAGAGAGAGAGAGGGCGGCCUCCCGGAGUGCUGCCGUUGCCGUUGCUGCUGUUGUUGCCACUGCUGUUCGUCGUUCCUUCCUCUUAUUCUUCUUAUUCUUCUCUUAUUACUACCUCUUCCUCUUCUUAUUCUUAUUCUUCUUCUUCACCUUCUUCUGCUGCGUGUGGGACCCGUCUUCUGCGGCUUCCUCUUCUACGCUGCUGAUACUACUACUACCACCACCACCGUUUCCUUACUCAUCGUCAACCCUCGUUCGAGUUCACCCUACGUCCUGGGGGAAGAAGAUUCUACGGGGAGCAACUCGCCGAGAAGAUUUAAAUAAGGAUUGCCGUUUUACUUGGUCGUCUUCGUCGUCAUCGUAGCAAGUGGAACGUAGAAAAAGGAAAAGGAGUGAUCGAAAGGAAGAUCCCAAACAAGCGAGCGACUUCUAUUCACGCAUCGUUCACAAUUACUUAAUCGAGAGGAUAGAAGAACAUUUCUGAGGAUAAGAUUAAUCAAAUAUCAAUCAGGAUGACUAAUAGAAGACAGUGCAUUAAUCGACAAGUGCUCGGUUUAUUACUCGUUCUACAAGCGAGCAUUCGGUUCGGGCAUGUGGUACACGUGGCCGAGGCAGUGGAAACCGCUCACCCAGCUGAUCCACCGCCCCCGGCAUCGGUACCCACUAGCGUAUCAGGCCCGGAUUAUACCGGACCGUCAGCCGGUGCGGACGAAUGCGAUCCAGAGAUGGUCGGGUUUGAGUUGGUCACCGGCUACGUAUACACCGCGCCCACGAACAUGCUCGAGUCCAUACCGGGAACGUUGAUGCUCACCGACUGUCUCGAAACCUGUCAAGCGAACGAUUCUUGCCAGGCGGUCAACUACGAGACCGGUCUUUGCGUCCUAUUCAGCUCUAACGCCGACAGCAAUCCAGGUGCUCUCUCGCAAUCGCAAUUUCCAGUGUUCACGAUCUACGCUCAGAAGAGUUGUCUCGCUGUGAAACCGUGCGAACGCGCUUGGUGCAUCGACAGAGUACAGGGCCAUCGUCUUCAGGGUCACGCGCGCAGGACCAUGAGCGCGUCCUCGCGACAACAUUGUCUGGAACUCUGCCUAGGCGAAAGGGACUUCCUCUGUCGAUCCGCCAAUUAUGCAAAUGCCACGAAAACUUGCGAAUUAUCCGAUAUGGAUCGAUUAACGGUAGCCGGUUCGAAUGCAUUCCAAACUGCCAAGGACUUUGAUUAUCUCGAAAAUCACUGCGUCGAGGAGCCGGUGAAAAUGUGCGAAUUCAAGAAACUUACCGGCCGUAUUCUCAAGACCGUCGAUUCGGUUUACCAGGAUGUUGGUACGACCGACGAGUGUCGCGAAUUGUGCUUGAAUUCGCCAUUCCGUUGCCAUUCCUACGAUUACGGUGACACCGGUGAUAUGGUUUGCCGUCUUAGCCAUCAUUCCAGAGCAACCCUUUCGGAUAUUCAGGAACCUUAUUUGGAUGUGGCGGAAGCAUCGACGUACGAGUUGAGUUCGUGUUAUAACGUAACGAUCGAUUGCCGUGCCGGGGAUAUGGUAACUAGAAUCCAAACCAGCAAACUAUUCUAUGGAAAGGUCUAUGCGAAGGGUUCGCCGAAUUCAUGCGUGCAAGACGUAAAAGGUGCACUCGAGUUUGAGCUACGCAUGGCUUACGAUGACCUAGAGUGUAACAUCAGACAGCAGGGUCUUGGCCGAUAUCUGAACGACGUGGUGAUUCAGCAUCACGACACGAUCGUGACAAGUUCUGACCUUGGACUCGCGGUUACCUGCCAAUACGAUCUGACCAAUAAGACUGUUUCGAACGAAGUGGAUCUAGGUGUGCACGGUGACAUCACCCCAGCAAUGUCAGAAGAAGUGAUCGUUGAUUCUCCGAACGUAGCAAUGAAGAUCACCGAUCGCAGUGGAAACGAUGCGAUCCCUUCUGCCGAAGUCGGCGACCCAUUGGCACUCAAAUUCGAGAUUUUAGAUCCCAACAGUCCGUACGAGAUUUUCGUUCGAGAACUAGUAGCCAUGGACGGCGUAGACUCAAGCGAAAUCGUCUUGAUCGAUUCCGACGGUUGUCCGACCGACCACGUUAUCAUGGGACCACUCUACAAAUCCGCUACCUCUGGAAAGAUUCUCUUGUCGCACUUCGACGCAUUCAAGUUUCCAAGCUCGGAGGUCGUACAAUUUCGUGCAUUGGUGACACCGUGCAUGCCAAGUUGCGAGCCAGUGCAGUGCGAUCAGGAAGAGGCUACGGGAGAGUUAAGAUCGGUGAUCUCGUUUGGCAGACGCCGUCGUCGUCGUUCGACAACGUCAUCGCAAAGCCGAGAAGAUCUAUUGUUGGUGCAAUCAAUUCAAAUUACGGAUAAGUUUGGAUUCGAGAGAGAAGGGAAAUCGUCGAAUGGCACCUCGGCAACGCGAGACACCGUUUUCAUCGAAAGCACCGAAGACAUUAACGGUUCGUCUAUGGGAGUUUGCAUAAAUCUUGGGGAGGCAAUUGUAGCCGGGACGGUCUUUCUCGUAGCACAAAUUGCCCUAAUCGCGGUAUGGACCUUCACUUGGCAACGGCGUCGACAAAUGUUAAAAAAUCAGGAAGCACUUUCGGUAUCGGUGUCCGUGCCAGGUAUGCACUCACCUGGUUCUGCUCGUACCGACAGUCUCUGUAAGUUAUACGAUGCCGGUUACACUGGACGUCGUUUCUGAACUCGAGAAAUUAAUUUCUUCAAUUAUUAAAUCCCUCUUCGAUCAUCAUCCACUUUUUCGCGUCUCUCGUUCUCCCGUAGUAAACUAUAUAUUAUAUUUUCACGUAGGGUUACUACCGGCGGCGAGUAGUAAUGAUGAUGCACGAAGCGCGAGUCCCGAUUUUUGUCACGACGAACGGACGAUUUUCAAAUGCUUUUCUUUCUUUUGCUUUAACCCCUUUCUCCGUUUUCAUCAUCUUUAUUAAUUUUUUUCUAACUUACUUACUUUUUAUUAUUUUCUUAUUCUACAGAAUCUUUUCUAUCUCGCUUAAUAGCACUCGUCCGUUACCUUGUACUCGGGAAUCGCGUGAAAUUAUUCGUCGCAGUCUGAUUUAAUAUAAAUAUUAAGCUCGACGGCUUGGAUACAGAUAACAGAAAAAUGAUAUUAAUAAACAGAUUGUCUUAAUAUCUAUUCGUGAAACAUGAUUCAAUGUUACAUUCUCUGUCCAAGCCAUCGAUCAAUCUAAGUUGUGCUAUUUGCAAUCGUGCAACUUUACGCUCGUGCAUCUUCUCGAACUCCCACUUUGCGUAACGCCUUAGAUUAUCGUAAUUUUCUACGAACGAACGAACGAACGAUCGAUCGAUCGAUCGAGCUCUCGAAAUAAAUAAAGAAAGAAAUAAAGAAAGAAGUAAGAGUGAAUAAUGGCUAAGGUGAUAGUUCGAAAAGAAACUUCGAUCGGUCGUUUCGUGGUUUAAGGAAGAAGAAGAAGCACGAAGACGUAAAAACAAAAUAUAAAAGAAAAAGAAGAAGAAGAAGAAUAAUAAG